ACGGUACUGCAAGAGAUUCAGCCCACAGGUACCCAACCACCAGUCUCCACAUCUGGAAUCUACUACUAUGUGUCUGCUCAAACCAUCACAGAAACACGUUUUCAAGGUGAGUGCAAACAGCAAGUGUGGAGAGGAAUAAGGUCAGCAUUCAAAAGAAAGGUCAAAUAGGUAGAGUUCAAGUCCUGAGACUUCAAUAACCACCACUCUCUCUCAGUGCUCUUCAUUUUCAGACCUAAUGGAGGUGGGAAGGCAGGACACUGUGAUGGCCAUCUAUGCCACAUGCACACAGAGCGUGCCAAGGGAUACCAUCCUUUUCACGGCCCUAGCUCAUCAGUCCCCCUGCACACUCCCACACUGCAAGGAACUCCCGUUUCCUGAUCUAGUCCUGAUUUUUGGAAGACAUUUCACUUAUUGUGCUAGUAUCAGUUUAACUUUCCCUCACUUUCUUAAUUGACACCAGGAUUUAAGACCUUUUGUUCUGGGAUCUUGUCAAAAACAAGCAGGGUAUGAAUCUGUCCUUGCUUAUAUAUUUCAUCAGGAAGAACUCCAUUCUCUCUCUUAGUCUAUGGGGUGAGGUGUGCUUAACUUCUCAGGGAAGCAGAGAGGAUUAUUGAAGACUACAUAUAAGACUGCUAGGCCUUGUAAAACAUUUCAUAUUUUAAAAAUCAUUUUUAAUGUUUUAUUUGACUUAUAAAAAUCCUAUGAAGUACAAAGGAAACCAAGCAACAGUGACAUCAAAUGAUCAGCAGUAAGAACUAGAACAGCUGCCUCUUCUAUUCCUAGCACAGGGUGCUGCCCAUGACUCUUAAGAACUAGUAGAAAAGUGUUGUCAAUGUUGAGCAGUGCAUGGUGUCUGUGUUGCGCCUAGAAGCAUCUAACUUACUAAAGACUGACUUCUUCCUUGUUCCUUUUUAGCGAUGCAGACUUCCUGGGGUUUGCAGCCUCCAAGCCAGACAUUUUGUCUGCCUCAACCUCCAAAUAGCCAGACACUUGAGAGUAACCCACCACCUGAGGUUGGGGGCAUUUCAGUGAGAGCUUCAGUGCACAGUUCUGGUAAUUGCUUGGCACUUCCUCUAGCUAAAAAUCAGGAACUAACAGAGAACAACAAUUUGGAAUAUAGUAAAAGCAAGCUUUCCAAGCCUCUGGAUGCCUCCCAGAUCCCAGUAGAAAACCAAGAUGAUGUACUACUGCCUAUACACAUCCCUGAUACUCACCAUCUCCAGGCCUGCACUGAGCCCCUCAACCGAGAGAAGCAGCCUCGUUCUAAAAACACUGAUCUGGGGAAGAACAGCCUGAGCCUUGAGGACCAAGGCACACUUGUAAAUGAGAACAAAUCGAACAGCAGUUUUGCAAACAUUGCUGACCAGGCAGGAGACAGUCACCUUCCUCAGUUCUUCAGUUCCUUGAAAAACUUUAUUCAGUCCAAAGGUCCCAAAGUGAGCAAAACCCAAGAUACCAGAGCCACCGAAUUAAACCAGGUGCAGAAAAGGUCAUGUGCAAAAAAGAGGUCUUCUGGUCAGGCAAGGAAGAACAGUCAUGAAGCCUCUGAGCCUCUCAGUGGUGCUCCCGAGGCACUGGAGGGAGACAUGAGUAUCUGCAAUGUUGCAGAUGGUGAUGAGGCUCCUGUGAAGAAGUCCAAGCAUUCUAGACGCAAAUCUCCAAUAACUGCACCAAGGAGGAAAAGAAAAACCAGGAGCUGUGCACAGAAGACCACAAGAACCAGAAAAAGGAACUCCAAGAAAGCUGAAGAGGGUGAGCAGUCUGGAAACAAAGUCAAAGCACAAAAAAAGCCAAUCAUUCCCAGGAUGGAGCGGAAGAAAGGUGAACCUGAGCUCAGCCAAGAGAACUAUGAAACACCUCUAAGCAGGCUAGGCAUGCACAUGCUGGAGUCUGUGCAGGAUUUUCAUGCACUGGGGAAGAGGAUUGAUAAGAAACCUCAAUUCUCUUCUUCCCAGGACUUGGGAAAUUCAAGGAACCCCAAAGACCCCCAGCCACCCCCAGCCACCAAACCACGGCUGAGAACUCUAUGUGAGGGGAAAAGGCUUCAGAAAACCCAUGCCAACGCCCAGAAGCCAGAUGGCAGUGUCAAAAAAGAGUGUCCAUCUCCAUCUCAGAAUGAACUGUCACCUCCUGGGAAGCUCAAAUUUGUGCUUUUGACUUUUCUGACGGUGGAAAGGUCUCCAGUUUGCCGAGUUCCUCGUAGGCGACGGUCUCCGGCCUCAGACCAGCCAGCUUUGGUGUCCUCUACCCAGCCUGGCUCUACAAAUGCAGCUCAGUUUACUGCAGUCGAUUCAUCCCAGCAAGCCCCUGCAUCUUUAACAGAUCCUGCCUGCUCAUCUCUGGGUCCAGUCUCGACCAACUCAACCCAACGAGACCUGACCAAGUCUACCCAGCCUAGUGUCACCCAGUCCACUGCUUCUAGACCUGUAUCCUACAGAACAUCACCUUCCAAUUCUCCCCAGCAGGAGCCCAUUCCCACUGCUGUGCCCCAGAACCAGCCUCCACCCAAGCCUAAAAGCCCAUAUAUAAACCAAGAGGUCUACUUCUUCAUACCACGUCCAUGGAGGAUAUCUGACAUCCUUGGGCCAGAAGUGUCAGAGCCCGUCACAGAAGAGCAGAGGCCAGAGCGGGAAGCUAUGAAGAGGCAGGCUCAACAAGAGCGUGAGAAUGCUGCCAAAUACACCUCCUUGGGGAAAAUACAGUUUUUCAUUGAAAGGGAAAAGGAGAUGGAAAUUGCUGACUCCUAUGGCUAUAUAAUAAUGUAAGAGAUGAUAGGAUUGUUGGUGCCACUUUGGUUACCAGAUGCAGAUAGAUAGAUAAAAGUUUCCACACGUAGAUAGAUAGAUAUGUUUCCACAUGUAGAUAGAUAUAGAUAGAUAAAAGUUUCCACAUGUAGAUAGAUAUGUUUCCUCAUGUAGAUAGAUAUAGAUAGAUAUAAGUUUACACACAUAGUAAGUUUACACACAUAGACACAUAGAUAUGUUUCCACAAGUAGAUAGAUAGAGAUAGAUAUGUUUCCACACAUAGAUAUAAGUUUUCACAUGUAGAUAUACCUGUCCACACUUGUUUGGGUUGUAAUUCUACAGGCAACUAUGUGAUUCUCGAGUAUCUAGUCCCUCCCUAGACUGGUAGGAUUCAGAGAAGGCUGGUCAAGUCUCUCUGCCCACAAAGUCUCACAAGUCUUUUUGCCAGCACCCAGCACAGUGCUUACACAAAGAAGAUGCCUAAUACAUAUUUUCUGAAUGAACAUAAAUUGGCACAGUGCAGCAACAUCCACAAAAACACAAGGGUUGCUCUGAUUCAGAAAUUCCAUUCUGAGUGAAAUGGUCUCUGAGAAGACAGUAUAUGUGUAUUCAAAGAUGUUCAUACAGGAAUAUUCAUUCCUUCAAUAUUUUAUAAUUUCAACAACUUAUGACUUUCUUAUGUUCAUCAGUAAGUGAAGGAGCAAUGCAACCUUAAAAAAGAAUGAGGUCUCCAAAGACUUUUAUACGAAGAUAU